AUGGAAGAUUAAGAAAUGCGUAGCGCUGAAAUACAAAUACGCUCAUAGGAAGGAUUAGAUUAUAUUAGAGCAAAAAAUACUACUGAAAGUGAGCUUUAGGAGGUGCUGAGAGGUGAUACUCCAAUUGAGCUUGAUUGGCAGAAUCGAUGGCUGAAAGGGGAGGAAUAUGCUCACAUUUUGAAUAGAAUCGACAAGUACUGCGAGGUGUUCAAGCUAUUGAAAUAUUCUCAAAAAACACACCCUGAAUCAAUCUACAUUUAGCCUGAAAAUGGUAUGAUCUAUUUUGUCAAAGGAAGCUCAAUUGGAUCAGAUUUUGGAUUUCCUCGCCUUGCUUUCAAAAAAAAGUAUAAAUGGAAGAAGAUGAAUUUUACUACAGACUUACCGAAAAAGGAUCCUAUUGUAAGUUAUAUCGUAGCUAGUGCAGUUAAAUGUGAGAAAUUUUUCCCAGGUAGCUCUAAAGAAGGGCCUGUCUAUCGUAUGCAUGCCGUAAUCCUAACAAAAAGAUCAGAAACCUAGAAGAAUAAUGGUAAUGCAAACAGCAGAAAAACGAGUUGUAUAAACGCUGCCACAUCUUCUUAAAGUAGCGGAAUCUUAAAAAAUGAGUUUGGAGUGUCUCGCCAGAAUGUCAAAAAUUAGAGUUCUAACAAAUGGGCACCCGCUCAGAAUGCAACCAAAUAUAUUCUUUGUCAUGUGAGGAAAGUUAAUAAUAAGAAGGAUUCAGAGGGGGAUGAUGAUGACGCCUUUAUCAGUGAGAUAAAGAUUGAUAAUGAACAGAGUCAUGAAGAAAUGGAUAUGCGACAAAUUAAUAAUAAUAUAAGAUUGAUAUCCGAUGAUGUCAAAGAUGAGAACAUUGGCUCAAUUAAAACCGAUUUCAGUAUUGAAACAAGAACAAAAUCUCAUACAUUUAAGUUUGACAGCAUGAAGAAAUCACUUACUUCUUGUAGAAAGGUUAGCGAAACAUCGAUGAAAUUAAGAAGACGUGCCAUGACUGAUGGUUAAAGCCUCAUAUAAGAGGAGAAUCCUGAUAAAAAUAUAGAGAACAUUAUAGAUGACUCUUCACAUAACUCGGUAUAGGAUAACUCUCUUACCAUUAGCGACUUGAAAGAGUAAGGCUCUGAUGGAGAAGAUUCUGAUUUUAUUAUAAAAGAUACGAGCAAUAAAACCUCAAAGAAAAGAAGGGUUUAGAAGUUAUAAAGAAAAAAUACAGAGAGUAACAAUAACCUGAUUGAGGAAUAGUAAAACUCUCAGAUAAUUUCACCUGAUAUGUCCAAGAAUAACUCAUAAUUGAAUGAGUUUCUAAGUCCUGAAAACGGACGCAAGCACUCUGCUCAAAUUGUUUAGGAUAAUCCUGACUAGAUUGAGCUUUAAUAAGAUGCUCAGCUCUUUGCUCAUUUAUAUACAUUGCAAAAAAGGUAAAAAAGAUCAGAAUCUUUAGACUAUACCAUGUAAACUCUCAACAUUGAUGAUAAGUCAACAAAUGCUAAUACCAAUAAUGUUUUCAAUUUUACAGAGAAUUUCUCAAAAACGACUAUGAAUUCCCCACCAUAGGCUCCCUUGCCUCGUCCCAUUCCUUUAAUGAAUAACAGAGGAUUAUACAGGAAAACAUCAGAAGUGAUUGGAGAUAAGGAUAGAAUUUCUGCUUUUAAAAAAUUUGAUACCAAUUAAAAUUUCCAAUUGGGCUAAUAAAUCCAGCAAUUCAAAAGCCCCCAACUAAAUCCAACCCAGUUUUGCUCCCCAUUCAAUGCUCUAAACUCCAACUAUUUUGAAUAAUGCUUUACUGAGACGAAUGAUAACUUGAAAUUGAAGAGUAACAUACUUUAGAAUCUUGUUCAUUAAAGUUAAAUAAUGAAUCAAUCCUGCUUAGGUAAUCAAUCUCAUUUCGGGACUCCAAACUUACCUAGUAUAAUGAGUUUGAGUACAAUGCAAUCAUAAAAACCACCUCUAUAUGGCUAAACCUGUUAAAUAUAGCAAUAAAACCAAGUACUUACAAAUAAAUAUGGUCUUUUCUAGGCAUAGACUUAGAACAACAUUCCUGAUAUCAUUAACAAUAUCAAUAACUCAAAUGUAAAUAUUUUCAAUUAGCUAUUCAGUUUCAAACUACCUGAAUAGCAGCAAUAAUAAAACCAGACCUCGUCGAACAUUAUAAAUAGUCAGAUUCCUCUCUUGAGGAAGGCUUCAAUGCCAACUGACUUUUAUCUAGAUUAGAUAAACAGUAAUAUGGGUUUUCACUAAGGAGAUUGCCUCCCAAAGUGA